AUGAUGGUGUAUCCUACAACAAUAGCCUCCCGUUGUAUCACAAGUGUGACUCCCAAAUCAAGCAAGUCAAGCUAUGCUAAUUCCAAAUUGAAGACCUCACAACGACCGAAAUCGACAAAGCACACAAGGCCAGAUGCUGUUGAAGAUUUAGAUAACGAAGGGAGACUUGAAAAGUCUGAAUCGACCACCCAAUUUAUCAGUGCACAUCACCUUGGACCAGAAGUUGGGAAAUCGUUUAUGAGUCCUGAUCUAGUCUCCUUUCAGCACAAUGGGCCAACAUCUCGACGUAUUCCACCAAAAUCAACCUGUCUGAAGACACAAACCAGCAAUCUGGUUGAUUUGAACCCGGAAAGUGCCGUCAUUCCAAGUGUUACAAAGGUAAAAGUCCAUCCCGACUUGAUUGAAUUUUCGGACCUUGAUCUCUUUGAGACCGAGAAUCAUGAGCCGGACCGUGUCAUACCUUCAAUUAUCAACAAUGAAACACCAAAGUCGGGUGUGAAUGUUUUCCAGAUGGAGCAACUUCGCAAUGAUAAAAAGAUCCAUUUAGUCCUAGCUCUUGAAGAAUCUCUAUCAAGAUUGACAAGCAAGGUUGAAAUGGCCGAAAAGGAAGCUAUUGAUCAUACAUUAGCCAUUAAAAAUGCACGUCAACAAGGUAUGAGUAAUACUAAUUGUUGUUUUUUCACCACACUUGAAAAGCUGACCCAAACUGCAGAUGAUCUUCUUCAGGAAUUAAAAGCACGUGUGGCACUCCUUGAAAAGAAGACCGGGACAAUUGAUCAACUUAAAGGUAAAAUUGCCAGUAUUGAGCAAAAAUUCACACAGAUGAAGGAGAAUUUAGAUGAAGCUUUGUCAGAACUUCAAAAACAGGAAGAGAUAAUUACCAAGAUGAUGGGCUUACCAGAUUCUGAAUAUUCCAGCUCCGAGUAA